CUGAAUGAGACAACUGUCUCAGAAACUGGAACGCGUUCCGCAUUCUCACUUCACAUCGCGAAGGGUGAGCGCGACAACGCGAAACCGUUUAUCAAAUGUUAAAUACAGUUUCUCUUCACGUCUUCACGCUACAAGCAAAAUCGAUCAUACCAAAAUCCUAAUGUGAUAAUUGUGCAAUUAAUUAAAGUUAUUGUUUUUUGCAAACUUGUGUUUUUCCAAUAGAAUUUAUUCUGACGAAUGACGUAGCAAAAAGUGUAAUAUUUCAUCAUAUAUAUCCGCUACCCCUUAGAUUAAUCUGAUCCUGAUCGAAAUUAUGCACUUAUUAAGUGUUCCGUUGAUAUAAUUUCAUAUUUCACACGUAGAUCUUAGCGUGUUGUGACAGCAUGUUUGAAAAUUCAAUCUGUCAAUCAACAGGCGAUCAAUUAGUUAAGGUGCACGCAGUGGUACAGCUGUUUGUUCUAUCUGUUAAAUUAUUUUAGAGUCAAUUAAUUACAGAAAAAUCAACACACAAAGGGAGAGAGAAAAAGAGAAAAAAAAUUUUGUAUCAAUCAAUGCUAUACGCUUCGCCAAGAUCGCUCAAAUGUCAACGCUCAACGAUGACUUUGAUAGAUCGCUCGAAGAACUUGAACCGUUGCAAUGGAAUGCUUUGCGAAAAUUGUGUCAUGCCAGUGUGGAGUUUAUGUCCUCUAACAACGAGAAUAGUGUCAGGAUCAAGGCCGCGUUACUGGUCAUCCUAGAACAAUUGGACGAAUUGCUGCCACUGUACAAUGAGAUAGCUAAAUUUGCGUCGCACUUCGAUUUUGAUGAAGAAACUCCGGGAAAUGGAUACAGAAGUUUCCUCUCAAUGGUCGACAAAUGUAUUAUACAUUCUGAACAAGUCUGUCGACAGAUGUAUGAUCAAAAGGAUUCUAUGUUCUCUCGAACAAGUCAUCAUAUGAAGGAAAUAGAAGCAUGCUCCCAACUAAUGGUAUCGUUACAGACAUUUUUUCAAUAUUUAAAAAUAUUAUACACAUGGAGUACUGAAGUAAUGAGCGAUGGAAAACUGUCACUAUUCAUAACGAAUCAUGACGCUCAAGAAUAUCUCCACUGGACAGAAAAUUUUAAUCAAUAUUGUUUCUAUGGUAGAUGCAUAGGAUUUCAGUUUUGUAAUAGUUUAAAAAAGGUAUUAAAGACUGUAGCAUUUGCUAUGGUAUCUUAUAGCGAAAUAUAUUAUAAUAAUGAUACGCUACUAGGACGUUGCACUAAUUCCAUCAAAUAUUUGUUUGACCCUGAAGCAAGAGCACGUCGUAUUGUUAAUAUAUCUCGAUAUGCUGAUAUUUCUUUUACUCAAGCAUUUUGGUUCUUGAAUGAACUUGAAAUACUUUCUGUAGUAACUCCCUCACUAAUCAUCAAUCAACUAAUAUCUAUUCCACCUGAGGAAUUAAUUCUGCCUACUCUGGAUGGUGAAACUAUUUCAAUCCCGAUACCAAAUAGCCAUAUUGGGAAAAAACCAAUCCAUGUUAGAUUACUGAGUUCCAAACGACGUCUAGGAAUGGUCGGAUCUGGAGGUAUAGGGGGAGAAUUACAUGGUUUAUGCGACAAACUGAUUAUUCAUUCUCACGGUGGCGGAUUUGUGGCACAAACAUCGCGAUCGCAUGAAAUGUAUCUACAUAAUUGGGCAACGACGCUCGGAGUACCAAUCUUAAGCAUAGAUUACAGCUUAGCUCCGGAAGCUCCCUAUCCACGUGCACUUGAGGAAGUACUAUAUGCUUAUGCAUGGGCGUUAAAGCAUGCAAGUACAUUGCUCGGAAGUACAGCGGAAAAAGUGAUAUUUGUAGGUGAUUCAGCAGGAGGUAAUUUAAACUUAGGGGCCACUUUAAAAUGUCUGCAAUUAAAUAUAAGAAGACCAGAUGGUAUUUUUAUGGCUUAUACACCAGUAUUUAUUGAUUUCAUCCCGUCGCCAUCACGCUUGAUCAGUCUUACAGAUACGUUAUUACCAUUUGGUUUUUUGGUACGAUGCAUGAAGUCUUAUGUGGGAGCUGACAAAAAACCUACAAAAGAAAAUGAGAAUGGAGAAUGCGCCAAAUCAGAUACAGAGUCUUUUGCUGAAGUAAGCGAAAGUGAUCUUAUAGCAUUAGCCCUGAGUCCAAACGGAGAUGGCGCGAACGGCACGCAAAAAUUAGUAUCUUUACCAUCCGAUUCGACGUUAAAUUCUGUCAGUUUAACAGAAGUCGAUGGUAUAUACAAAUCAAACAGUAUUGAAGGUCCGAAAACGCAAGUGGAGUCCCGAGAAUAUGUCAGCAGAUUUUUAAAUAUGUACAGAAAUUCCGGCACAGCUUCAAUAUCGUCGCCUGUUGCGGAAAAUGGUAGUGUCAGCAGAAAUGGUAAUGUUUCAGGACAAAGUGACAAAUCGUGGUCUCUGUUCGGAUGGUCCCUCGGAAGAAAUAAGGAUGUCAGGCAACUCGAUAUAAAGAAUGGUUCUUGGGAAGAAUUUAUAUGUACGAUACCGAAAGAUCUGUUCAUAAGUCCUUAUCUUGCACCAGAUGAGAUGCUAGCCCAUAUACCGCCCUUGAAAAUGCUGACGGUAGAGUUUGACCCUUGUCUCGAUGAUUCUGUCAUGUUUGCAAGGAAGCUUCGCUCGCUUGGCAAUAAAGUUACACUGGAUAUAUUGCCGGAUUUGCCACAUGGAUUUUUAAAUUUCCUACAUGGUUCAAAAGAAGCGAUGGAGGGUGUAGAAUUAUCGGCCAGAAGAAUAAAAGAAUUGUUGGAAUUAUAACCAUAAUAUAAAAAAUUAUUAAGAUAUAUAUAUUGAUCUAGAGUAAAUAGAAAACGUAUUUCAAUAUUGCAGCAACCUGUAUUUAUACAGUAAAUGUAAUUGUAUUUAGAUGCAAUCAAAUACUCGUGAUAUCAUUUCAGUGGCUUAAUUAUCCUAUAUAUCAUGACUCUGAUAUAUAAUAGAUAAUGCUUUACACUAGCAAUUUUCUAUAUGUAGUAGCUUCUUUAAUUAUUAUUAUGUAUUAUUGUAUAUUGUGUCACAUUGUGAAAACAGCAUUAUCUAAAAUAAUUAGAAUAUAAAGUGUUUUACAUCUAAUGUUUGGUCAGAUCUUAAAAAAGAAAAGAAAACGUCCUGCAUAUAUAAAGACAAUUUUACAGCUAUUUAAUAUAUAUACAUUUUAAUUUUUUUUAUAUAUAAAGCAUACUUUUAUAAGUACAUUUUUAUGAAAUAUGUUACAUUGUAGUACAAGUGACAUGUAGUAACAUAUCCAUCUAUGUAUUACAUAGUAAUAAUAAUUAUUAUGUAAUAUUUUAUAUUAGAUUGUAAAGUUGUGUAAAAUUUUCUUUGCAUGUUUUUUGCAUGUAUUUUACUCAUACUUAUUUCUCAUAAUGAUUCUUAAUCUGUAAAUUAGAUAUAAAAGAUGCAAUAUUUCUUAUUUUUUUGUAUAAAUAUUU